UUGAUCCUUUCAUCAUCUUUCUUCUCAUUUUCUCUUUCUCUUCUCUUCUCUCUUGUGCUUGUGUUUGUGUCAGAGCAAUGGAAGUUGAAGGAGCUAAAACCUUCCAUGAUGCCUGGGAUUAUAAAGGUCGCCCUGCCCGCAAAUCAUCUUCCGGCGGCUGGAUUAGCGCCGGAAUGAUCCUAGGAGUGGAGAUGUGUGAACGGCUGACCACGCUAGGAAUUGCGGUGAACUUGGUGACCUACACAACCGAUACAAUGCACCUUGGAAAUGCAACCGCCGCCAACACCACCACUAACUUCCUAGGAACAUCUUUCAUGCUAUGUCUCCUCGGCGGUUUCAUCGCCGACACUUUUCUCGGCCGCUAUCUCACCAUCGCCAUUUUCGCCGCCGUCCAGGCAAUGGGUGUCACAAUCUUGACAAUCUCAACCAUAAUCCCAAGUCUCCGACCGCCGAAAUGCUCCGGCGAAAACCCAACUUCCUGCAUUCCAGCCACCGGAAACCAACUCAUGGUUCUAUUCAUAGCACUAUAUCUAACUGCUCUAGGAACAGGUGGGCUUAAAUCGAGUGUAUCUGGGUUCGGAUCCGACCAAUUCGACGAAACAGUGAAGGAAGAGAGAGCCAAGAUGUCGUCUUUCUUUAACUGGUUCUUCUUCUUCAUUAGCAUCGGGUCUUUAGCGGCGGUUACUGUUCUGGUUUACAUACAAGACAAUAUAGGAAGAGAAUGGGGAUACGGAAUCUGUGCCUGCGCCAUUGUUAUCGGAUUAGUUGUGUUUCUGUCGGGAACUAGACGGUACCGUUUUAGGAAGCUGGUUGGAAGCCCGUUGACACAAAUAGCGACGGUUGUUGUGGCGGCGUGGAGGAAGAGAGGGAUUGAAUUGCCGUCGGAUGCUUCUUUGCUUUUUGACAUCGACGAUUUGCCCGUUGAAGAAUACAAGAAGAAGAAACAAAAGUUACCUCACAGCAAGCAAUUCAGAUUCUUGGAUAAGGCAGCGAUCAAAGACAGACAAAUAUCCGUUACCGCUGUAAACAAAUGGGAGAUUUCAACAUUAACAGACGUGGAAGAAGUUAAAAUGGUGGUUAGAAUGUUACCUAUUUGGGCCACCACCAUUUUGUUUUGGACCGUCUAUGCCCAAAUGACAACUUUCUCCGUUUCUCAAGCCACCACCAUGGAUCGUAGCAUCGGAAAAUCCUUCGAAAUCCCACCCGCAUCCCUAACCGCCUUCUUCGUCGCAAGCAUCCUUAUCACCGUCCCAAUCUACGACUUUAUAGUAGUCCCCAUAGCCAGAAAACUUCUGAAGAAUCCGCGAGGCCUGACUCCGCUUCAAUGUGUCGGGGUUGGUCUAGUCUUCUCCAUAUUGGCUAUGAUCGCGGCUGCCCUGACCGAGGUCAAGAGACUUGACGUAGCCCGGUCUCAUGGUCUGACUGAAAACGAUAAGGCAGUGAUCCCCAUCAGCGUAUUCUGGCUGAUCCCUCAGUUCUUGUUGGUGGGGUCGGGUGAGGCGUUUACUUACAUGGGGCAGCUUGAUUUCUUCUUAAGGGAGUGUCCGAAAGGGAUGAAGACAAUGAGCACGGGUUUGUUUUUGAGCACUUUAUCAUUAGGGUUUUUCUUUAGUUCUCUAUUGGUGACUAUAGUUCAUAUGGUGACUGGAACAACAAAACCAUGGUUGGCGGAUAACAUAAACAAGGGGAGACUUUAUAACUUCUAUUGGCUAUUGACGAUUUUGAGUGUUUUGAACUUGGUUUUGUAUCUUUGGGCUGCGAAAUGGUAUGUUUAUAAGGAUACGAGGCUCGCAGCCGAGGGGAUAGAGUUGGAGGAAGAAGAAUUCAGCAGCCAUGCUUGAAAUUAAGAAGUUUAACCAAUUAUAAUAUAUCAGCAGCCAGAUUUUGGUCAUGAAACAUACACACAAACAUAGAGAUGGGUCUCUCUAUCUCCACUUGAUUAAGUCUAAUAACCAAUUACUACCUUCUUUGUGAUGCUUUUUUGUU